AUGAACACCACUCCACAGCAGAUCCUCGAUAUUGAAGACGCUCUGGUGUCCGAUGACAACCCGGCCCGUGAGGACAGCACUCUUGACUAUGAGCGCUGCGCCAGACUACACAAUUACCUGGUCGCAUAUGGCUGGAUGGCCCGCAACGGAAGAGACACGCCCGACCUUGAUGCGCUAGCCAGCGAAAAGUGGUUUUUCCAUGAAUCAAACGAGGGGGUCGAAGCUACUCGGGAGCGUCUUGAUGCGCCGCUUAACAAGUUUCUGGAUUUAAUCUAUGAUCCUAGGCCGCCCUUCUUCUACUGGGUUGGCAGUCUUGUGAUGGAGCUCAGCGACGAGUGUUUUAUGGAGGAUAACGAGAUGGAGGAGGACAAGGAGCGAUUUGUUUUGAUUUAUCGCACUAUUGUGGAUCUCGGCGGGCAUAACCUCGGCGUUGUCUAUGACCAGCAGCUCAAUCGGGCCUCGUUCCCAAUGACUACAGACAAUAUGGAAAGUGUGGAGCCUAUUGACGAGCACGAGGAAAUGUGGUUCCCGCUGGAGACUAUUCUCACCCAAUGGAUCUAUAUGACUCGGAUUGGUAAGGUUGUUCCUGGGCUUCCUGAAGAACUCCCUUCUGGUGAUCCCCCGACGAAUAGGUCGCAAUUUUAUCUGUGGUCGUGGCUCCCUUACUGCGAUGCCCAGAUUGACAGCACUAUAGCUGCGAUAGAGCGCUACUCAGCUGCAGUCGAAUCUCGAAUGCCUCCUGACUCACUUCUGCCCAUCUCUGCACCGCUCUUUACCAGUGCAGAACUGGACGCAGCGGCCGUGCCGCAGGACUGCUUCAUUCGCUCGCUCUUAACACGAGUCAAGACCCCGCGUUUCAAAUUUAUCGCACCUGGGCUAGAGGUCCCGCAUGAUAAGGAGGCGUUUGCGAGGCGUCAGAGGUUUACCAACAUACCUCAUGAAAAGGAUAGCAUCCCAGGCGUCCUACUUUUUGCAGCUCCAGACCGGUUAGUGGAUCUCAACCUCGAGAUUCGUAGCUUGUUCUCCAUCGCACAUGAGAAUGUGAGCAUGAACAACAACGAUCCUGUUCCCACUGGACUCUACAGUGAACCUGUGCGUCGAGCAGAUUAUGAUAUGGAAGAGGCAGGUUUCCGUCUCGUGCUUCCAUUUCCACUACGACCUGGUUUCUUCCGAGACGAGGAAGGGGCUAGGAUGAGUGAUUGGAGACCAGUUCCCUCGGGCUCAUUCACGGCACUCUUUCAACAUGGUUACUUCCAUCCGUUUGGGGGUGAACGGAGAUCGCAGAGAUUGGAGAGCCUGUUUGAACGGUGGAUAGUGAUGGUUGAGACUGGGAUAUGGACAGUGGGUGAAGAUGGCGUGGAGGGAGGGAUCGAUAGAUUCGGAGAUGCGGAUGGGGUUGCCUGGAAUGAAUAUUCGAUCGCACCAAGCUGGUGA